AUGGCUGGUGCUCAAGAAAUCGCCAUCGUGACGGCCUCCGAUGCCAGCGCUAUCGCAGCUACGUUAACGGUUCGACCCCCUGCAACGACUACGCCAACGAGUCUUAUCAGCAUCGAGACGCUCACCACGGCCAGUGACGGACACGAAGCUGGAGAUAUUGUGUAUCACAUCCCCGAAGAAACAGCCGACCGCAUUCAAGACUUCCUGGGAAUGACCGGUCUUCAAGAGACUCAGCAGAUCUGCCAAGGCCAGAACCUGAAGCGCGCUGAUCCUACUGAGGAGUGCAUUGAACGUAUCUUACGGCAUGCCAUGGACCUUGCGGACACCGGUCCGGACAACCUCAUGGCUUUAGCGCAGGCAAACAUCCCCAUUGAACCGGCCGCGGGUCAAGCUAUCGGGUUCCCGAUCCCUAGCAUCUCUAUUGGUGAUUCGAUCGCGAUCGUUCGAGUUUAUCGCCAGGUCUUCAGUGCGACGGGACAAACUCCAGAAGCUGAUCAAAACUGGGACCCAUUCGCUCUAGCUAAUAGUGCACUCGGUCUUACGAUCGCUGCCCACGCAGCCAUGCUCGUUGGUCAAACCCUAGUCGACAUAUUCCUUAGCAAGAGCGACAUCAUUACCGACCUCAAAGAGGAAGAUCUGAUGUGUGCUAAGGAUCUCAUUUGCACAAUGGAAGACUGCCAGGGCCAAAGAGAGGUGACAGAUCCCUUCACUAGAAUGAUUAGUUCGGAGAUUCCUACGACACCAACAUGUCUCACGCCCAGGCAUCUCGGUUGCAGAUGCGAAGUCGUCAACUAUCCGUACGUCUAUGAAGUACCCAAAGGAUACAUGGAUGCGCAAUAUGCAUGGCUCGAAGAGCUCAUCAAAUUAGCCGACAACCCGGUAUCUGAGGCCUCGGAAUGUAAAAACAACACACAAGAAUAUGACGACCCCAGAGCCAACUUCAAACGGUGA